UUGUAGAAUUUAUUCCAUUAAAGAAGAAAAAUCUGAAAAUCCUAUUUGGUUCUUUAUUCAAUUCAGAAAUAAUAAGUGUUGGAUAAAUCUUUUUGUGUUCUUUGUUCAUCCAUUUCGAAGGCUUUAGUUGGGUUCUUUUUAGUGUUGAUUAGUAUUGGUUUUUGGGUUAUUUGAUUCAAACGGGUUCUUUUCCUCCCCCUUCUUUUCGGUACAGUUGAGUACGGCAGCAACAUUUCCCCAUUCAUAAAAUCAAAAUUCUCUCCCUUCUCACUCUAAGAGAUAAAAUCCUAGAAAACAAAAACCCAAAACUACCGCCACCUCAGCCUAGUCGCCGCCUGCCCCAGCCACGUCGUCCGCCGCCAACGCCUGUCGCCAUCAGUGAGCUGCCGAUCCGGCUGCCGGCUGCUGUGCGUUGCCUGUCUCUCAAAACAAAAACGCUACAAACUAGAAUUUUGAUAUUUUUUGAAGGUUUUGUUUAGUUUGAAGAAAAAAGUUGAUAAUGGUAGACGCUAAUAGUUCUGAUGAUAGUUCCAAUGCUCGUAGGGCAUUGAAAAUGUCCCUAUCCAUGUAUGGUUCCGAUGCUUCAGACACUCCUUCAGCUUCUUCUGAUGCUCUGAAUGCAUUGAAAUUGCCUAAAUCGACGUCUCCUGGAAGCAAUGGCUCUCAUGGUUCUGAUGCCCAUCAUGGCUACAUCAAAUCCCGUUAUAAAAGUGAAUUUGAGGAGUUGGCUAUGUUAGGAGAAGGGGUCUUCGGCAAGGUUUUUCGCUGUCGCAAUAGACUCGACGAAAAAGAGUAUGCUAUCAAAGUCAUUCCAUUUUCUAGUGAAGAGCAAGAAAAAAUUGUAUUGGAAGUAAAGAUUCUUGCCAAGAUGUGUCAUCCCAACGUGGUUACAUACCAUCAGGCAUGGAUAGAGGAUCGACUUUCGGCGAGUCCACCCUGUUCUGAAGGGAGUAGUUCUUCUAGUACCCCAAGUAUCGACAAAACACUAUACAUAAUUUUAGAAUUAUGUUUUGGGACAUUAGAAAGCAAAGAAAGCAAAGAUAUUAAGAACAACAAUGUUUGGAAAACAAUUAAUGAAAUUUAUAGCGGACUAGAAUACAUCCAUAACCAAGGGGUUAUACACAGAGAUUUAACGCUGCAAAAUAUAUUUUUGGAUCGAGCGGGAGUAGCCAAAAUUGGUGAUUUUGGCAUAGCAAGAUUUUGUGAUGAAGAUGGGCGAGCAAAUUUAUCAGAAAAUUCUGGUCACGGAGCCUUAAAAUAUGGAGCUCAAGAGUUAACUGCAGAUAUUCCAUAUGCAGUAAAGGCAACGGAUAUCUAUGCUUUGGGUGUCGUCAUUUUCCAGCUACUGUAUAGAGAUGGAGGUGAUUCGGACAUCACUGAAGCUACAAAGAACUUUACCAAGAACAAAAUUUUGCCGACAAGUUGGACUCGACCUCUAUUGGCCGAAACAUUAUUUCAGAUGAUAAAUGACAACCCAAAUUUUCGUCCAUAUUUGAUAGACUUGAAGAGUCUAUUACACGAGGAGCAUUCCAAUAAGAAAAGGAAAAUGUGAUAAUUUGUAAUUAUCAUUUGCUAAAAUUUGUCUGGAGGAAUCAAAGGUAGAUGAAGAAGCCAAACCAUGUCUUGAAAGUCUCAGAUGUAUAAUGCAAGAGGAGACAGAAAAGAGAAAGCUUACUAGAUCGCAUGCUACCCGGCACUCAAAGUUUAGUGGAACCUUUACACGACUUACUUUGGAUGGUUCUAAGACAAUGUGCAAAGGAGUGCCUAGUUCUGCUUGUGAUAAAUUACUAAAACCAGAGAAAGUACACUGUGGUCGAUUGAAAAGGAUUGUGAAAGAUUAUGUCCGACUGCCCACAAUGAAAAGAAGCAUCUUGGAGAGACUUCAUGACUUUAUUGGCCAGUUUUUAUCUGGGGGAUACAAUGUUAGUUGCCCAAGAUAUUGAGAAGGAGCACGAUGGUUUACAAACCAGUGACGUUCACAUGUUCUUUCACCUUGCUCAGUUUGCUACAUGUUUUCAAUUUCAUAAAUUCUAAUCGACAAAGAUGUCAACACUGAAUUUUCU